AUGGCAGGUCUGAAAAACGAAGAAUGCAGAACGAAAUUCCGCCAACGUGUGUCUAUUCAUGUUGAAGUACGGACCAGGAAGAAGCUUAGCGAUGCGGAUUCCUUCACAACUUCAACCAAGAAAGGCGUCUUAGAAGGAAGUUGCGUCGUCAACUGCAACAAGGCUGCGAUAACGAGUGAAAGUCGAGACCGAAGGAGUUUGAAAAGCGGCAAAAUGAAGAGAUGUUCUGUCCUUGACACUGCCAAUGGAGUCGCUGUCGGUGAAGCACCCCUUCCGAUUUGGAGGGAUCAUUUUAAGACCUUGCUGAACCGAGAAGCGCCAUGUGUCCCUGAACGCGAGCAUAUUAAACGAGCAGCGAACCCAGCGGUCAACGAGGAACCACCCACGAGUCGUAGGUUCUGGACUCGUGAGAUGAAAAAGAUUAUCCAUUCAAUAUGGAUAGACGAAAGGAUACCUGACUCGUGGAGACACGCUAUCACAAUCCCUCUACACAAGAAGUUAUCCAUCACGGACCCUACGAAUUAUCGAGGAAUCUCUUUGCUGCGUGUUAUAUGCAAGGUAUUGGAGCGGAUUAUCCGGGAACAACUCAUUAAACAUCUCGAAGAAACAAAGCGAGACGAGCAAGCUGGCUUCCGUCCUGGCUGA